GCUGAGCUACAAUUGAACAAGUUCGCUUUUCAAAUAUGGCGUUAAAUUUGCAAUAAUUUCAGUUCUUAAUUGGUAGAUGUGACAGCAUUAGCUACCAAUUGAAUAAUAACUAACUAUUUAAUAACUUAGCUAUUUACGCACAUUAAAGUUCAGUUGUCUAAAGUGUUAUUUAAUAAAAGGGCAGCAAAUAAUCCGAGCUUGUGACGUCACAGACUGCGUUUGAAUGGUCUUGAAAUUUUUGAAAUUCAAGUCAAAAAAAAAAGGCAGAGAUUUAAUUUUAUACGUUUAAUUGAGAAAAGAAAAAAAGAAUGGGAAUUCGCACGAUUUGUCUUAUAUUCUUUGGCCUGUGCCUCUUUGGGGCUCUGGUCAUAAUUCUGGGCAAUGUAAUGACCGGCCUAGGAGAACGUUCGGGCCUGGGCUGGUUCCUUCACACAACUAGUCCCUACAUGUGGGCUGGUUUGGGCGUCGGACUGUGCGUCUCACUAUCUGUUGUGGGCGCGGCGAUUGGCAUUUACAUGACGGGCGUCAGCAUUGUCGGAGGAGGAGUGCAUGCGCCUCGCAUUAAAACUAAGAAUCUUAUAUCUGUCAUCUUUUGCGAAGCCGUUGCCAUUUACGGUCUAAUCAGCUCGAUUGUAUUCUCCGGCAAUCUGCAGACCUAUGUGAUUCACAAUGUGAUAAACAAUCGUAAGAUCAUGACGCGAAACAUAUUUACGGGAUAUGCCACCUUUGGCGCCGGCCUGUCUGUUGGCCUAGUGAAUCUCAGCUGUGGCAUCUGCGUGGGAAUUGUGGGCUCUGGAGCGGCUCUAGCGGAUGCCGCCAAUUCAUCCCUAUUUGUCAAGAUACUAAUUGUGGAGAUCUUUGGCUCAGCAAUUGGACUGUUCGGAUUGAUUGUGGGCAUUUACAUGACGUCCAAUGCGGAAAUGGUUAAUUAAUUCAUUUUUUAUUAAAAACUAAAGCUUAAAUACUA